UCCCUGGUUGUCCCUUUGGUCUCCCUCUUUUCUCUGUGUGUCUCUUUCACACCUGCAUUGUUCAAGCACACACAAUGAUUUUUCUGUGCCUGUUUUCACAAUGAACGUGUUUUAAGCUUUGACAUCAUAAUGAGUCCUCAGGGUAUCUGCAGAAGUAAUCAGAGAUGGCAGAGAAAAUGUAAGCCAGGUGUUGUAAAGCCAGAAAGAACGCAUAGAUGCUUAUUUAUUCGGUGAGGAAAUACUGAGAAACAUUGCUGUGUUGGGCUGUUCUGUGAGGAAAUUUUUCCUAAAAUGUAUCUCUUUAAAAAAAAAUCCCAACUCCCCACGUGGUGAUUAUUGGAAAAGUUGGGAGGGGGAGGAAAAUAUUCUAGUUCAAGUGGAAGGGGUUUUGUGCCGGCAGAAGCCUGAGUGGUGUAGGAUAUAUUCUCUUAAAGCAUUUCUUGCUCUCAGGCUGCAGUGAUUUCCAGCAGGGCUGGAGAGCGAGGGAACUGUAGCCUCUAUAGGAACCGGUAUGUCUGGUCUCAAGACGUCAGGCAAGAGGCUCGGAUUUAGAGGAAUCACCUGUGCAAGCUAGAGUCAGGUGUUCUUGGCCACUUCAGACCUCUGUGCCGUCCUCCGUAGCUUUGUGUGCUGGGGAAAACCUGCAGAGCUUUAUCACAGAGGCGUUUCUGCCCUGGACUCCUGUGCACGGUUAGCUGACAGAGGAAAGGGCCAAUGGAGUGUACAGGGAAGUGCAAUCAACAUGUGCCAUGGCUCCUCCGUGGCAGAAAGAGCCCUGCGCGUGUGGACAAAUAGGCUGCGGAACAGGCUUGUGCCGGAUGGCCAGCAACUCUCCUGCAAAAAGGUGCAGAGAAGCUCACGCAGAGGCCGGGCCCGAGGUGCACGCAGCCGCCGCCUGAUCCACGCAGACGCUCGAGGACUCACAGUGUGUGAAGAUGAGCCUGAAGGAGAAUUGGUGACGUCUCGACGUCCCGUGAGCGUCUCUGAAUCCUGAGCAACAGAGGGAGCAGGAUCCGAUCCGAACAGAAACACGCCUGGGGGGCGACUGAGUUCAGAGUGACCGCGUCUCAUAGAAGAGAAAACAUGUAGUUACCGAUCCAGACGAGUGUUUGUGCCUCCGAAAGCACCCACAGCAUCCCUGUCAAGAAAGGCUCUGCUUAGUGCACAGGCGCUCCGCUGCCCCAGGAGCCGUGGGAAGAUGGAGACACCGAGACGCAGAGAGACCAAGUGACCCCCCCUCGGUCACAGGCUGGGAGGACCCAGAUCAGGACUUAGAGAGAACCCCGACUCUGGGCCUGCGUCCUGCCACGGAGUCACGCUGCCUCCGUUCCUAGGAGAGAAGGCUUCCUGCAAGAUGGAGGUGGACGCGGAGGAGAAGCGGCAUCGCACACGGUCCAAAGGGGUUCGAGUUCCCGUGGAGCCAGCCAUCCAGGAGCUGUUCAGCUGUCCCACCCCUGGCUGUGACGGCAGUGGCCACGUCAGCGGAAAAUAUGCAAGACACAGAAGCGUAUACGGCUGCCCCUUGGCCAAGAAAAGGAAAACGCAGGACAAACAGCCCCAGGAACCUGCUCCCAAGCGAAAACCGUUCGCCGUGAAAGCGGACAGCUCGUCGGCGGAGGACUGCUAUGACAGCGACGGCUCGGAGGACGGGGACGAGAAGGAGGAGGACGAGGAGGACGAGGACUCGGAAGACGAGGAGGACGAGGAGGCCGAGCGGGAGGAGGAGGAGGAGGAGGUGGAGGACGAGGACGAGGACGAGGACGGCGAGGAGGUGGAGGACGAGGACGAGGAUGAGGACGACGAGGACGAGGACGAGGAGAACGAAGGCCGCCAGCUGAACUGCCACAACCCUCGCCUGAUGCAGGACGCGGAGAAGGACGACAACAACAACGACGAGUACGACAACUACGACGAGCUGGUGGCCAAGUCCCUGCUGAACCUGGGCAAGAUCGCCGAGGACGCCGCCUUCCGCGCCCGCACCGAGUCCGAGAUGAACAGCAGCACCUCCCACAGCCUGGAGGACGACAGCGACAAGAAUGAGCCGCUGGGCCGCAAGGCCGAGCUGAGCCUGGACCUGGACAGCGACGUGGUCAGGGAGACGGUGGACUCGCUGAAGCUGCUGGCGCAGGGCCACGGCGUGGUGCUGGGGGACGGCGCGGGCGACCGGGGCUACGCGGACGCGGGGCCGCCCGACGGCCGGGGCCUGAACUACGUGAUGCUGGGCAAGGCGGCCAACAACGGGCUGGCGGAGAAGCUGGCGGAGGAGAGCGACGAGGAGGUGUGUCUGAGCAGCCUGGAGUGUCUGCGCAACCAGUGCUUCGACCUGGCCCGCAAGCUGAGCGAGGGCAGCCCGCAGGAGCGCGCCCCGCAGCCCAGCGCCGGCCUCCGCCCGCACGGCCGCCCCGACGACGACUUCGCGGGCAGGACGCCCGACCGGAACUACUCCGACAUGGUGAACCUGAUGCGGCUGGAGGAGCAGCUGAGCCCCAGGGCCAGAACGUUCUCCAGCUGCGCCAAGGAGGACGGCUGCCAGGAGCGAGACGAGGACACCGCCUCGGUGGCCUCGGACCGGUCGGAGGAGGUCUUCGACAUGACCAAGGGCAACCUGACCCUCCUGGAGAAGGCCAUCGCCCUGGAGACGGAGCGGGCCAAGGCCAUGAGGGAGAAGAUGGCCCUGGAGGCGGGACGGCGGGACAGUCUGAGGUCCUACGAGGACCCGUCGCCAAGGCCGCUCCCCGGGGAGGAGAGGAAGGCUAAGUCCGGCGACAGCCAUGUCAAAAAGCCAUACUAUGGUAAAGAUCCCUCGAGAGCAGAAAAGAAAGAGAGCAAGUGCCCCACCCCAGGGUGCGAUGGAACUGGCCACGUAACCGGGCUUUAUCCGCAUCACCGCAGUUUGUCCGGAUGCCCGCACAAAGAUAGGGUCCCUCCAGAAAUUCUUGCCAUGCAUGAAAAUGUGCUCAAGUGUCCUACUCCGGGCUGCACAGGGCGAGGGCAUGUAAAUAGCAACAGGAACUCGCACAGAAGCCUCUCUGGAUGCCCCAUUGCUGCAGCGGAGAAACUGGCAAAGGCCCAGGAAAAACACCAGAGCUGUGACGUGUCCAAGGCCAGCCAAGCCUCAGACCGGGUGCUCAGGCCCAUGUGCUUUGUAAAGCAGCUCGAGAUCCCACACUACGGCUACAGAAACAACGUCCCCACCACCACGCCUCGCUCCAACCUGGCCAAAGAGCUGGAGAAAUAUUCCAAGACAUCCUUUGAGUACAACAGUUACGACAGCCAUACGUACGGCAAGCGGGCCAUAGCCCCCAAGGUGCAAACCAGGGAAAUAUCCCCCAAAGGAUUUGAUGCGAAGCGGUACUGCAAGGACGCCAGCCCCAGCAGCAGCACCACCAGCACCUACGCACCCAGUAGCAGCAGCAACCUGAGCUGCGGCGGCGGCAGCAGCGCCAGCAGCACGUGCAGCAAGAGCAGCUUCGACUACACGCACGACAUGGAGGCUGCGCACAUGGCGGCCACGGCCAUCCUCAACCUGUCCACGCGCUGCCGCGAGAUGCCGCAGAACCUGUCCACCAAGCCUCAGGACUUGUGCUCGGCGCGGAACCCUGACAUGGAGGUGGACGAGAACGGGACCCUGGACCUGAGCAUGAACAAGCAGCGGCCGCGAGAGGGCUGCUGCCCCAUCCUGACGCCCCUGGAGCCCAUGUCCCCCCAGCAGCAGGCGGUGAUGAGCAGCCGGUGUUUCCAGCUGAGCGAGGGGGACUGCUGGGACUUGCCCGUAGACUACACCAAAAUGAAGCCUCGGAGGAUAGACGAGGACGAGUCCAAAGAGAUUGCUCCCGAAGACUUGGAUCCCUUCCAGGAAGCGCUGGAAGAAAGACGGUAUCCGGGGGAGGUGACCAUCCCGAGCCCCAAACCCAAGUACCCCCAGUGCAAGGAGGGCAAAAAGGACUUAAUAACAUGUCCAACACCAAGGUGUGAUGGGAGUGGUCAUGUGACUGGUACUUACGCCUCACAUAGAAGUCUGUCGGGCUGCCCACUGGCGGACAAAAGCAUUCGAAGUAUGCUGGCCACCAGCUCACAAGAACUCAAGUGCCCCACCCCUGGCUGCGACGGCUCCGGGCACAUCACCGGCAACUACGCUUCGCACCGGAGCCUUUCAGGUUGCCCGAGAGCCAAGAAGAGUGGCAUCAGGAUAGCACAGAGCAAGGAGGACAAGGAGGACCAGGAGCCCAUCAGGUGCCCCGUCCCCGGGUGUGACGGCCAGGGCCACAUAACAGGGAAGUACGCCUCCCACCGCAGUGCGUCCGGGUGUCCCUUGGCGGCCAAGAGGCAGAAGGACGGGUACCUCAAUGGCUCCCAGUUCUCCUGGAAGUCGGUCAAGACAGAGGGCAUGUCAUGUCCCACGCCGGGGUGCGACGGCUCUGGGCACGUCAGCGGCAGCUUCCUGACGCAUCGCAGCUUGUCAGGAUGUCCGCGGGCCACCUCGGCCAUGAAGAAGGCGAAGCUGUCCGGAGAGCAGAUGCUGACCAUCCGGCAGCGGGCCAGCAACGGCAUAGAAAACGACGAGGAGAUCAAGCAGCUGGACGAGGAGAUCAAGGAGCUGAACGAGUCCAACUCCCAGAUGGAGGCCGACAUGCUCAAGCUCAGGACUCAGAUCACCACCAUGGAGUCCAGCCUGAAGACCAUCGAGGAGGAGAACAAGGUGAUCGAGCAGCAGAACGAGUCCCUUCUGCACGAGCUGGCCAACCUCAGCCAGUCCCUCAUCCACAGUCUGGCCAACAUCCAGCUGCCACACAUGGACCCAAUCAAUGAACAAAAUUUUGAUGCAUACGUGACUACUUUGACGGACAUGUAUUCAAAUCAAGAUCGUUAUCAGAGCCCAGAAAAUAAAGCUCUACUGGAAAAUAUAAAACAGGCUGUGAGAGGAAUUCAGGUCUGAACAGCUGCUGUAGUGAUGGAAUCUUGCUUAAAAAAGGAUAUGCCUCUUGUUCUUUGCUGCUGUGCUUUACCAGAAAGUGUUAUAUAUUUCUUUCUGUUUGAAACAGUGUUAUGCUUACGAGACUUCAUAAUGAUUUUAUGUCUUGCUUUAAAGAUAGCACCUGCAGACUAGUUUUUGAACAUACACUUUUCCCAUUUUGUACGUUUUCAUAGAAGCCGACUUAGUGUGACAUGCCAUGUAAUGUUUAUAGCUGCUUAUGUAUGCACAUUGGGGGGUAUCUAUAUUUCCGAAGAGGUAAGCCGAUCAAAAUAAAUAGAGUGUAAAUUCUUUUUAAUGCUUUAGUGAUGACAUGUUUUAGUAUUUUGAACUGAAAUGGACAAAAAAAAAAAAUCAGCGUUGAAUGAUCAUCCGGUGGUCCUGAGCCACUUCUUAGACAUUAUCAUUUUGCCUCAUGUUGGAGGAUUUUACGGCGUUUAAGAAAUACAUUUUGUGUGCAUAUUGUUUCAUAGCAAGAAUCGGUUGCAAAAAAAAAUGCUUUAUUUUUGAACAAUGCUUGGAAAUAUUAUGUGAUUUUUUUGUUUGUUUGUUUUAGGAGGAUGGUGUAUGGUGGGGGCAGUAAAUGAGGUUUUUUGCAUUCCAAGGAAAUGGCAUAUGGAUUAACUGUAAGAAAUGAGCUAAGUAAUUUAUUGUAAGACAACAUCAAGCCAUGGAAACUUGGCGGAAGACUCAAAGCAGCUUAAACAGCACUUUUAACUUAACUCCUGAGCAUUCCGUGGUGUGACUGUGGGACCUUCAGUUAAGACAGGGGCUCCUUGAGGCGGAUGACCUGGAGCCGUCCUCGGGCGCGUUCCGUCCGCUUUGGAACAAGCUUCUCUUACCUCCCGGGAGUCCCGGGCCCUCUGAAGUGUCCGUCGCCGCCCCAUGCUUUGACCGCUCAGAAUCUCUGUGUUUUCAUUUCCUCUCAAAGAUCAUUUCAGACUAUUUAUGUCUCCUUUCCACCUGCAAGAGUAUCCCCCCGGUGUGGUGGUGGGCAUCUUCCCGUGGGGGCCGGAGCAGACGCCGGGCGCGUCUGGAGGUCCUGGGCCGACGGGGCGGCUGGCUUGGUGGGGAGAGCAGCUCCGGGCCACGCCGCCACCCCCGCCCACGCCCCAGGUGGGUGUCGCAUAAAGCCCGGGUCCCCUUCAGAGCCAGGACCAGCGCGUGGCGCCUUCUCGUCCGCUGGAGGCCCGUGGGCCGCGCGCACGGGCGCGGCCCGGUCCGAGGGUCACGACCUGCUCUGGGACGGAUGCGGCCAGAGCGUGAGCCUCCCUCGAUGCACGUCAGCACUUGUCGGCUUUACACUAGAUCAUCCUAGAUGGUGCCCGCCGCGGAGACGGUCCCACCCCGGCGUCUGCCCUGCGUGCUGCCUGAGACCACUUUCCACGGCCACGCGCCCCGCCUCGUCCCCGGGGCGCCGAGUCGUGUGUUCCGAUGGCCGCUGGCUUGGUCGCGUGUCCCCAGCACCCUCCCUUCCAUGUCUUGAUGUUAUGCAGGAAAGUGCUAAAGUACUUUAACAUUUUGUUAUGAAAAAAAAAAAAAAGAUGGGUUUUGUAAAAAUAAAAAAAAAUAUUUUUAGCAGAACAGGACUACAGGGUCGUUGUCCCCACCGCGUGCCAGUCGACGAUUUGCACUUCCCUGUCCUCUCUCUGCGCACGGAGCUGUGCCACCCCCGCGUCAGUGGCCUCGUGCCGCUGGCUGGAAGAGUCCGAGGAGGCCUCCCGGUGCUGGGUGCGGCUGCGGGGGCGACAGGGACCUCACGGCAAGGACUGACACCAUCCUCAACCUCGGUAUAGACAUACGUGUACACAUAGACGUACGUCCAGCAGCACUUUAUACUGCUCACUGUACAAGCGCCCGCAGGUUUCCAGGGGGACUUUCGCACGGACCGGCUGGGAGAAGAUUCUGUAACUCCUCGGGGCGCCGCCGCCCCGCCCCGCCCCGCCCGGAGAGCCCUCUCUCUGUCGCGCGAGGAGGCGUAGCUGCCAUGCUCAGAAUUGCCUUUUCGAGAGCUGAAGCAAGGUGCUCCUGUCACCGAUGCCAUAUAGAUACCGUCCGGGGCCCCCGCCUCUGGGCAGGGCCCCCCUGUUCAUAUCGGCACAUGCAUCUCCCCGCCCCGUGGUGUCUGCCGCUUCUUUGCCAAGAUAGUGAUGCUUUUCGUAGUGUAAUAGGUAGUAUGAGUUUGGGAUUCUUCUUGUUCUCACCUAUGUCAAUGGAAAGGGGUUUUAAGCACAAAUCUGCUGCUCAUCCAACGUUGGUACAUUGUAUCAAAUCAGAAGUUAUCUGUGACUAUUAUAUAAGGAAUCACAAAAGUGUCACAUAUUAGAAUGUUGACCUUUCAUAUGGAAUUAUCGUGAGUCAUCAGAGUUUAUUUAUUAUAACUGAUUGUUCAUAUUCAUUUCUAAGUUAAGUUAAGUAAUCAUUUAUGAAGACGGAAUUUUGUAUAAAUAUUUAUCGUGCUCUCUGUGGAACUGAAGUUUGAUUUAUUUUUGUACUACACGGCAUGGGUUUGUUGACACUUUAAUUUUGCUAUAAAUGUGUGGAAUCACAAGUUGCAGUGAUAUUCAUUUUUAAAUUGUGAACUUUGUACAAACUUUGUCAUGCUGGAUGUUAACACAUCUUACUCGAAAUAAAAAGGUGUUGCCACAUCUGUA